AUGUCAAGUCUUCAAGUAGAAAUAAAAAAGAUAAUAGGUUUUCCACAAUUAACACCUGGUGACAAAUUUGAAAUAACAAUUAAACAUGAUUUAGAAAUAAUUAAAAGCAAGGUUAAAAUUCAAGGUGAUAGGACUCAGGUAUGGAGUAAGUCAAAUUUUAUAAUGACAUAUUAUCCAAAGUAUAAUAUUGAAAUAAAAGUUAAAGAAUUAAAAUUAUUUACCUCAAAAACUAUAGACAUUAUAACAAUACCAACAAUUAUUUUUUAUAAGAAUUUAGCAAAAUUUUUUAUGUUAAAUUUAAAUUCAUCUGGAACAUUAAAAUUAGAAUUAAAAAUUACAUUAAAUCCAUCAACAAAUCCAACUUUUAAAUUUAAGAAUAAUAAAAGAGAAAUGAAGUUUUUUGGAAAAAAUAAAGUUAUAUCUGAUUUAACAAAAAUAUGCCCAUACAACUAUGAUCAAUCCUCCAUUUUUAAUGUUAACAAGCAACAAUUAAAUUUUGAUAAUAGUAGAGAACUGAUAAAUACUGACAAUAUUGUUAAAAUGAAAUAUGAAGAAUCAUAUCAAAUAUUUGAUGAGCACAAUUUUGAAUUGACAGAAAUAUCUACAUCAAACGAUAAGACUUUUGAAUUACUAAGAUUUGUAAGAAAUUAUGACAUAAAUGGAAAAUUGAUUUUGAAAGAUAGUAAUUUAAGAGGGACAUAUAAAAGAUUCUCUGAGAAUUAUAAUGAUUGGUAA